UCCAAUCAUCUCAUUACACGAGUCUGCCUGCUCUCAGCCUAUUCCGACAGACAACUUUAAACUCCGGCUUUUGCGUAUCUAUUCCAAUUCUUUUUCUAACGUGAAAGCAGUUAUAUUCGUGACAUCAGGCUACCACAGCAAGAAAAAAGUUAUUAUAUAUAAGAAAAAAAUAAAUUAUACAAAAAUCAGCCUACUUUUUCAAGAACACCGCUUGAACAUUUCGUCAUUCAUCGAUUCGCAUCCUCAUGCUCUCGAACUUGGCAUCGCUUGAUCGAGCAAUCCAUUUCUUUAUAUACGCAACAUCGAUUUCACAUUCUUUUAUUAUUGUCAUGCUCUGCUGGUGACUUGCAAUAGCACUUUGUUGAUCGCAAUGUCAAUGUCUCUGUAGGAUAUCCUCGUCGCUUUGCCAGCUGAAGUACCAGCAUGAUGGUACCACACUCUUUCUCUCUUUCUCUCUCUCUUCGCUUCAGGAACUAGGGCCCGUACGACCUCUGGCCUCUCUGAACGUGCCCUCCCCUCGAAUCCUCGUCGUCGUGAUCGUCGUCGUGCUCGUAGUUGUCGGAGGGUCGGAGUUCAUUGUGCCACAAGUGCAUUCCGAGUGCCGGCGACGCCAAUUGCUCGUUACGAACCCGGGACCAGUUGCGAAUCGCUCUGUGAAAGCGACAGUGACAUUUCCCGGAGCGAAGGCUUGGCCCUUGCAAUAGUCUCGAGUGGUAAAAACAUCAUAGGAAUAUACACGUCUGUGUGCGUUCGCAAAAUGAUACGGCAUUCUCGCGAGAAUGAAGGGUAGUUCGCAUUCGCAUCACGAACUCGUUUGAAUUUUGCGAAAGAUAUAGGCCGCGAAAAUAAAAGUGUCUGGAAAUAUUUCUUAUCAAUUUUCAAGUAUGAGCGACACUCUAUCUUUGAUGUGUUAUUCUGUGUGAGAAAAAAAGUAUAGUGAGAACAUUUGUAUUUUAAAUGACAUAUUACGUUUUCAAUGAGAAUUGCAGAGAACAUGAUGAGCUGAAAUUAACGUAGAAGUGAUACGACGUUUAAGGAGGUACACGGAUUAAAAACAAAAAUUGCGAUAUUCAAAUGAUAUACGAGAAGAUGGAAGCAUCACUUUUACUCAAACAACACCAACGACUACCAGGCUUUUUUCGAUGUAGGUUAUUUUGAAGGAAUCGUGUUUGAAACACGAAGCUAAAGUACUUCUGUCAUACUAACAAUAAUCUCAUAAUUGCAUUGAAAUGAAUUUCUCGGAGGUCUCGUCGAUCUUCUUUUUGAUCAUGGUGUUUGAGACGGUGACCCUUUCCAGCUCGUUCACCGAAGAUCACAUGUGCUACAAUGUAAAAAAUUAUACGGUUACGUCGUACGAGACUUACACCGAGCCGGUCGUAGUCAACACGUUCACUUGGUGCUUACAAAUUCCUCCAAGAUGUCCCAAGACGCGGACCGAGCUACGACAACGAUAUCGUAUAAAAGUGGACCAGAAAUUGAAAGUUGUAAAAGAAUGCUGUGAAGGAUACAAAUUGGCUCACGACGAUGCAGAAACGAAUACGACGUGUUUACCGUUUUGCGAAAAAUGUCUGGCGGGUGUAUGCAUCGCCCCGAAUAAAUGUCAAUGCGAUCCUGGAUAUUAUGGAUAUGACUGCGCUCGUGAAUGCCCGAUCGGAUUCUGGGGUCUGUACUGUAUAAAAAUGUGCGAUUGCGGUAAAAAUGGCAUUUGCGAUCCUAUAAAUGGCACUUGUAAAUGUUCUCCAGGAUUGCAAGGACCACAAUGUCAAGAGUAUUGCGCAAUCGGCCAAUGGGGUCUAGAUUGUGCAAACAAAUGCACAUGUCAAAACCAGGACAAUAACUGCGAUGCCGUAACCGGAAGAUGCAGGAACGGCGACGCCUCUUUAGUCGAACAGACGUCACCCGCUUAUUUGCUGAGUUCUACUACUGAACGCGUACACACACCCAGAAUUGGCAACCUGGAGUACACAGAAGUUGUCUCGACACCGCGUGAGAUUACCGAGCGCCGCAUAGAAGAUAUUAAUAACAAUUGGAAUGAUACAAAUUACAUCCCGGAAACGACGAGUCCGACAACAGCUUCGAUUGCGAUUCCUCCGACAACGAAAGAGAUGCAAAUGAAGAAUCUUUCGACCACUACUCGACCUGUAAUCGUCUUAGUUUCUGUUCCCGAACGCAGAAGGGACGUCGAAAAAGAUAGGCAAAAGUUUGCAACGAAGGACGUAUUUCUCAGACACGUGCAAAAUGAUGAAAGCGACGUGCCAAAUAUCAAUUAUGUAAAAACCGUUCAUAAAGACGACAUUCAAACGUCUACGCCGAUUCCAUUGGACAUCGCUCUGAUUGUCGUGGCUGCGAUCGUCUCCCUCGGUCUGACCUCGCUUGCGGUGGUUAUGGUUCUUCACAUGCGUUCGAAACUGUUUGAGACCGUUCGUCUUGCCAUCUACGACGACGAGAAGACCAAAAGUCAAGAACGCGAAAGCGUGAACAGCAGUAGAUUGUCCACAAUAGUGAAUGCUAGCCUGCCUCCUCCACCUCCGAUUCGUGUGAAUCCCAUAUUUGCUACUAGUGCGGAACCGGAAACUAUAUUGACCGUUGACGGCAUCGAGUCCUUGAAUACUUAUGCUAAUGGCGCCGCUACAAUAGGUCUGCGAAUUUCCGGUAAUUUUCGCGAUCUUUUACAAGACGGCCAUUACGAUCGACCAUCGGCAACUCUGAUACGUCUGCAAACAAACUUUGACCAUAACACGGAACAUGUAUACGAUGAAAUACCUUUACAAACCACUCCAUUAUCUGACCGCAAGGAUGUAUGAUGAAGACACUAUUCACUCCAUUUCAUGGUCAAGUCCAGCUGUUAUUAAUAACGUCAUAAGAAAAAAAAUCUAUAAAGCCUUUUUAGACAAAACACAAUCUGUUAUAAAAAAAAUAAUCGAUGAAAAGCUUACUGAAAAAUGCGCGAAUACUGGUUUCCGACCUUACGCACAUUGAACGCGCUUGAAGGCUGAACGUGACUUUAUUUGAAUGGGAUAAGCAGAAAAACAAGUUGUUUGAGCAUGGUACUGUCAAUGACCGCCGAUAGAAUUUAACCAGUGGAGCGUGCAACUUUCUGAAUCAACUAUUUCGACGGGAUGACGUCAAACCGAGAGAGCGAGAAUGCACUAGAUUAUGAUUGCGCGCAAAUGCACAAUUAGGUUGAAAGCGCGAAAUAAUAGUCCUGUGUAACAAGUGGGAAAAUAUAGCGUACCAACAUACUAUUAUUAUUCAGAUGAUAUUAAACAUUUGUAUAGUCUCGAUGCAGAGUUAUCUGCUUACGAAUAAACAGAUGCGAAAAUUGUCCGAUUAAAAACUGGCAAUUUUACUCAUAAUCAAUAUAUAAGCGUAAUUUAUUCGCGAUUACGUUGUUUAUAAAUUAUAAAUUAUGUUGCGUAAAUUAAUUAAUUAAUUGUUUACUUCAUAAUAUUACGAGCGAUUCUUUUACAUUAAAUAUCGUCGCACUAUACGAAACAAAGUAUU